GUAUUCAAAUUUGUUUGAAUUAUAAACACAGCCACAGAAUAGACGCACACACAAACCUACUCAAAGAGCCGAACGGAGAAUGGCGGGCAAGAUUCUUCCAGCUUUUGCAGCAGUCUUGAUUUUUGCUGCAUCGGUUCUAGCAAAUUUGAAGGAUGAGUACGAUCAUGCAGCUUUCUUGGACCCAAAGGAAAGCUACAAACUUUACUGGAGUGUAAAAGAUGCUGAUAAAUCGAUUCAUUUUGCUGCCGAAGUGAAAACGACCGGCUGGGUCGCUUUUGGGAUAUCUGCUGGACUCUCAGGGAGUAUGAAAGGCGCUGACAUUGUUGUUGGUUGGGUUGAUUCCAAAGGAAAAGGCCACUUGAAGGACUAUCAUGGACCAAGUUAUGGAAAUGGCUGGCCUAUCGAAGACAAGAAGCAAAAUUAUGAUUAUGUUGGUUCAUCUGAAACCAAUGGUGUCACUGUCUUGAAAUUCAAACGCAAGUUAGUUACUUGUGACAAAGAGGACAGAGAUAUUCCUCUUGGAACAUCCAAGGUGAUCUAUGCACAUGGGCCUACCGAUACUUUCAGCAAACAUCAAACGAACGACAGGGGAGCAAGAAGUAUAAAUUUGUUGAAUUAUGUCAAGAACGUACCACCACCCAAAACAGCGAAAUACUUUGAUGUCAUCAGCGCAAACGUGUUAGUGCCAUCCGAUAAAACAACGUAUUGGUGCUCAGCAUAUAAGUUUGCCGACUUGGUUCAACUGACAGAAAAACAACACGUUGUUGAAAUCGAACCGAUUAUUGCAUUGAAAGAUCGUGGUGUGGUGCAUCAUAUGGUGCUCUACAUUUGCAAGAACACCUUCAACGACUCCCAUUUGAAUGCUACAGGAAGCUGCUUUGAUUAUCGCAAUAUGCCGCCCUCGAUCACCGAAUGUGCUGGAAUAAGCCCGAUGUUUGCAUGGGCUGUAGGAGGAGUGAACUUCAAGUUUCCUGAUCAUGUUGGUUGGUCAAUUGGAGCGGCAGACAGUUUGCGGUACUUUGUCUUAGAGACGCACUUUGACAACCCAACUCAAAACAACAAUCUCGUUGUUACGAAUGGCCUUCGAUUAUAUUACGACAAACCUCGCAAAUACGAUGCUGCAACACUCACAGUGGGAACCUUUACUGGCAGAAAUUUGAUUAUACCGCCAAACCGUGAAAAAUGGAUGAUAACAGGAAGUUGUACAAAGACGUGUACUUCAUACCUAAAAAAUGCUAAUGCACUGAAUGGGGACGAAGUCAAAUUUUUUGCCUCCUUUCCACACGCCCAUACAAUUGGCAAAGGUAUAUGGACAAAAAUGGUUCGAAAUGGGAAAGAGGUCAUGGAAAUUAUCAGGGAUGAUAAUUACGAUUUUGAUUAUCAGCAAACUCAUCUUCUUCGGAAAGAAAUCACAUUUAAAGCGGGAGAUGAACUCAUUAACUACUGUCGAUACAACAGCAUUGGCAGAAAAAAUGCUACCUUUGGCGGCGAGUCAACCGUAGAUGAAAUGUGUCUGAAUUUUAUAAUGUAUUAUCCAAAUGUGGAUUUGGCAAGUUGUUCGUCAGGAUAUUACGGUGGAAUGGACAGUUUCAAGAAAAAAUAUGGAAAACAGGGUAAAUGGGGGAACUACACUUACUACCACUUGCAUGGGGUUACAUGGAGUGAACCGAUGAUUGAUGAGCUCGAAAACAUUUACAACAGAAAAGUGAAUAGUACGAUCAGAGUUCUUUGCUCAGGGACAAAUGGGACAAUUAAGAAAGUUGUUGUGGUGAAUCGACCAGUCAUCACUCAGGCCUUGCCCCCGCCUAAAGAUGUUUGCACGGAUUCAGUUGGAGGGGCAGUGUCCUUCCAAUCGACUGGGGUUUUCGCUCUUUUGAUAAGUUGCGUCAUCGCAUCAAUGCUGUUAGUUACAAUCGCACAGUGAUCCAAGAGAUAUACCCUAGCUGACUGCUGUCUAUUUUAGACGUGCUGAGACUCCUGGUUUGCUGGACGACUGCUUUUCCUAACUGUUUUACUUUUUGGAUGUAUUUGUACACACCUGCUACCUGUAAAUUUAGUACCUUCAAGAUAUCGACCUUACUGGAUGAUUUGUAAACUUAAGUGAUAUAAUUAAAUUUUGGGUUUUUUUUGUUCUUGAAAUAUCCAGAUUUCAUUGACUAUUAAAGACAAUCGGAAAUCCAUCAAUCAAAAGAUUUUUCCGUAUAUCCUUUUUUUAAUCAUUGAUACCCUUAAUUUCAUCUGUUUUCGUAGCUGAAAAUUUUCCAUAGUUCGGAUCAAGCCUGAACAUUUAAUUUAUCAAUAUUAUCAAUCAAUAUAUAAAAUAUCUUACAUAUAAGAAUGUUGUUUCAUUUGUAUAUUCAUAGCUUGUAAAUUUAUUUCAAAAUGUGAUUUAUUUGGAGCACAAAAAUUGUCCGUUUAGGCCAUUAAGGCUCAAUCUUUACUCUCUCUGCUAGCAGACCCUUUUCAUUUUAUGGUUUAUCCUUGUUCUAGAAUUUGAGAAAAGAAAUAAAGCGAAAAUGAUAAACAUCCCGUGGUAUAGAUCUUACCCAACACUACGGGUGAAAAUGUCAAGAUAAUAUAUUAUAGAAAGUUAAAGUCCUUCGAAAUAUCUUACAAAAGAAACAACACAAAAGGCAUUGCUUUUUGCUAUGACAAUGCUUUUCAGACCAUAGUUGAACAUUUUUUUCACAAUAACAGCUCGGUUAUUACAUCGUACACCCUUGUAAGCAGUAAAGGACCUCCAGAGACCAUAGAAAAAAUAAUUUUCUAACUCGGGAAUGAAAUACCAUGCAAAAUGAAAGGCAAAAGUCAGAGGGGUACCUUCCCACAUCAUUAAGAGCGAGUAGGAACGUUGGUUCAUUGGCGCAAGUCGCUUAACCUGCCACAAAUAACUAAUAGGAAGGGGUUACUAAGAAAAGUUACACAACAACCCCCGAAUUCGAUUGAUAAUGGGGAGGAAAUGGACAAGAAAAGUCACUUUUCCCACCAAAGAAUCAAAAGUCCCUCUUCUCUCCCCUUUUUCGACGCCAGCCAUCCAGUGGGACACGUAAUGCCAAGAAAAGAUUAAGACAAUAAACGACUCACUAGCAAUUGAGCAUAUUCUCGAGUACGAUGCAAACCACGUUUUAUUCUGUCGCUUAAAAGAGUGAGAUUUUGGUUUAAAACUAUCUACCUGAGAGAGUCCACUUUUUUGUUGUUAACCCUUUACCUAAGAGGGGCCACGCCACCUUUACACAUUUUAAUCUCUACUCGAUAGGGGCCAGCUUUUUUAAUACGGUACCUUUGAGAAACCCCCUUUUCCAACCAUCGGCCUGAGAGAGGUCAGGUCACAUAUAAACACAGACGUGACAAUCGUAUCCACCAUAAAAUGCAAAAUGAAAAGUAUAAAAUGCAAAACGGAUUGUCAGUUGUCAAGUUUGAUUUUAUCAAUUGACAUAAUCUUUACUAAAAUAGUCCUAUCCUACUAAGCAACAUUAUUGUUUCAAGGGUGCAUUUGAUUGAGAGGGAUCUUUAGAGGUUGGGGGUGGUUAAAAUACCGUGAUUCCGCAAGAAUAUUUUGAUACUACUGUGGUAGAAUCUUAAAUAUAUAGCAGUUUGAACAAAAUUAAUUUCAGUUAAGUAUCGAAUAAUGUCUGGGAUUUUCAUUACCUGAAUACCUCCCAAUUCAAAGAGAGAUUAACGACAAAGGAAAGGGCAAAUACUGCAAUACUGUCAACCCCAAAAACCAUUGAGAAGCAACCUGCAAUGCUAUACUAUGGCUAUACUAUGGCAAUGCCAAAGAAAAGGUGCAACUAAGCCCCAACUCUUGAACAAAAUCAUAGAUGCUUAACAGAGUUGAUCAUGAUAAACAGAACAGACAAAUAAUAAAUUUCAUACUGACAUGUCAGCACCAAAAACAGAAAGGCUCAAACUUGCAAGGACCAUGAGUUUUAAAAGCCCAUGCCAAAUACAAACUUUGUAAGCAUCACUGAACGAAUUGAUUCUCCGCGCAUCGUUCUCUAAUCUAUGGAAAUCUCGGGCUUUCUAUCUGCAUAUUGCAAAAAUGAUUCUAAUUCAGAGCGAUGAAAUUUUUAGCUGUGUCAUGAAUUCUUCAAAUAUCGUGAAGAAAUAGACAAUUUCCUACGAUUCCUUUUUUUUUGAAAAACAUUUGUAGUUUUUUUUUCUUGUAGAAAAUGACUUGUAGAAAAUCCAUUAGUGAUCAGAUUUUUUCAAAAUUGUGCACAUAAUUUUGCAUGUUUCUUCAUAUUCAUAAUUCAACACAUUUUAUAAAACUGAUAUCGACAAUUCUGCAUAUUUCAGAAAAAAGUACACCUAAAUAAUGGCACACCCCUGUACCUCAAAACCUUUUAAGAUACCCCCCCCCCUAGUUUUACUCAAAUAUAAUUGCAAAGUGCAUGAUUUUUCCAUAAUAUGAACAUUUUCUUAUAAUAAAAUUUGCAUGAAGACUACAGAGCUGCCCUAGAUCUAAACCGCUCGUUUUCAGUAAUUGAUAAGGCGACUAAUAUCUUAUUAGUCAGUUUUCGCAUUUUACAAACAACUGCAUCAAAACUUGUACUUGCAAAAUUUUACAUUCUCGGACGAUGUGUAAAUUUUAAUAAAUUAUAAUAAGCCGCGUCCUACGAGGCAUAGUUCAGAAGAUUUGGCCUCAACUGAAAAAUUAGCUAAAAUUUGGCCUAAAUGAAAAAUUUUUCAUCCCCAAUUUGUAUCACAACAAGUUGUUAGAGAUACAUUAAAAUGCUCUUUGCUGUUAUUAGUCACUGUUGCCCCGGGCGCACUUGUAACGAAAUUGAAGCCUUGACACCCGUAUACGAAUAUUUAGGCACUUUUCGGUUGCUAGUGCAUCCGGGCCCUGUAUAAAUUUGCGUACAUUUUGUAGGGUCUAAAUUUAGGCCAUUAAAUUCACUUAUGUUCAUUUUCUUCCCUUGCAUUAUUUGUUUACAACCAUUCAUUGCUUGUUUUCUACAAGCUUACGUAAUUCUAUAUACCUUAUACUCUAUGCUAAUUACAUCUUGAAUCUCA